AUUUUACUUAACACGGGUUAUAAUACACACGGGUAGAGAGAGAAGAAGAAGCAGCAGCAGCCAGCAGGAGGCAAGCAUGGAGCCUCACAUGGAGAGCGCGCUGCGGCAGGGCCUGUCGGAGGCGGAGCAGCGGGAGCUGGAGGGCGUGGUGCGCGCGCACCACGCGUUCCCGGGGCGGGCGGCGGGGACGUGCACGUCGCUGGUGACGCAGCGCGUGGACGCGCCGCUCGCCGCUGUGUGGCCCAUCGUGCGGGGCUUCGCCAACCCGCAGCGCUACAAGCACUUCAUCAAGUCCUGCGACCUCAAGGCCGGCGACGGCGCCACCGUCGGCAGCGUCCGCGAGGUCACCGUCGUCUCCGGCCUCCCGGCCUCCACCAGCACCGAGCGCCUCGAGAUCCUCGACGACGACCGCCACAUCCUCAGCUUCCGCGUCGUCGGCGGCGACCACCGCCUCCGCAACUACCGCUCCGUCACCUCCGUCACCGAGUUCCAGCCGGGGCCCUACUGCGUCGUCGUCGAGUCCUACGUCGUCGACGUGCCCGAGGGGAACACGGAGGAGGACACGCGCAUGUUCACCGACACCGUCGUCAAGCUCAACCUCCAGAAGCUCGCCGCCAUCGCCACCUCCUCCUCCUCGCCGCGGCCCUCCGCCGGCAGCAUGGAUCACUGAUCCAUCAUCCUUGCAUGUCUUCUUCAAUCUUCAUGGUGUACCGUACCACCGCACAUGCCCGCAUGCUGAAGACUUUGCUUUUUCUCUAACCAAGCCUCUGUCAAGUGGAUCAUGUGAUGUGUGGAUCAUCAAGGGGAAAUUGCUACAGGUACAAACUGGCGGGCUUUAGGCGGGAGGACCCUUCACCUUCGCCUAAUUGCCUGCGUAAUGAGAAGGCUCUACCAAUCGCCAUGCAUGGCUGGCUGCAGCUGGAUUGCUGGUUUCAACAUCGCCGUGCCUCACCGCUCUAUGGAUGUUGCCAAACGUCGACCACGCCAUGCCAGGCUGCCAAAGCCCUGCCCACCAACACAUACACACUGAUGUCAAUAGAGAUUAAUGUAGAUCAUAAUGAGUGUCAAGGGUCUGCAAAUAGUGUCCUUUGUCGGUUUUUGUCCAAACUAACUUUUCCGUGCAAACCAUGUGAACUUCAAUCUGGACCAUCGGAUCAACAUCCCAGCGGCAUGGGGGGAUUGGGUAAUUUUACAAUUAACUGCCUGCCCUUGGAUUGGGUAA